AUGGAGACCUCCAUCCUGGCCGACCCCACGGCGCUAUGGAUCCUCGCGUUGGAUUUGGGCACGUUCUUGAUCCUGGCUUUCCAAUGUCUUCGAUGUAUUGGCUCCCACCGUUGGAAAAUCGUUUUGAGGGAAUGCGGUUCACAUGCCAGAGCCAUGAUGCGGAUCGCCUGGAGUCGAUUGCGGAAGCCUCAGGAUGCCGAGGGGCUGCAGGUCUCCGCGAAGUUCCAUGAAGCCUUGGUGAAUCUGAUGAAAACAGGCUGCCGCCUCAUGGCUUUAGCGCUUUUCCUGCGCCUCAUCGCCAUCCAGGGCCCUUUGCUCAUGCAGAAGGAGCACCAGCUACAGCCGUCGUUGGACAUCUCCAACAUGAUCUCCUAUCCUCUUUGUUGCCUCAUCGUCCUCUGCCCGAAGGUGUUGACACCAAGAACUUUGGACUCGUGGUAUUUGGUCAUGCAGACGCUCUGUGUCUUCCCACUGCUGUUCACUGAGCCACAGGAUGUGGUGAAUGUUUCGCUCAUCACGGCCUUCCCGCGGAUGUUGUGUGGCAUUGGGGCUCGCACGUGCUUUCUGCCGAUUCUGGGAAACCUUGUCAACUGCGGGGUGGCCAUUUAUCAAGCACAAGAGGACGCGGAUGGUGGCGGUGGUGCAGGCGGCCUAGCCCAAACCGCCGAGCUUUGCAUGGUCCUUUGUGGGAUUCUCUCUAUGCGUCAGGGUCUCUACGAGAAUGUGCUGAUGAACACUCGCUUAAAGAGUCGCAGCAUUGACUUGGAAGCCGUGAGCCAGCUCCUUUUAGGUUUUUGCGAUGCAGUGGUGGAGAUCGAUGGCUCUUUGAAGUUGACCGAGGACUCUCGACAGCUGAGCACUCUUCUCCUGCACAACCAGGGCGAGGGCAUGACUGGCGAGGGCCUCGCCGGGCGCGAUUUCCUGAGCUUCUUCUGCCAGGAGGAGCCGAGUUUUGGUUCUUCCAUGGCCCAGCUGCGCUUGGCGCUGCGUGCCUUCGAGCCAUGGAUCGCCCAUGCCGCUCGGAAGCCCAUGCCCAAGGGCCGCAGCCCCGUCGCGCCCGACCAGGCGCCGCCGCCACGUCGCGCGGCCGCGCCCGGGUGCGCCCGACGGCCGGGUGCUGGAGACACUGAGAAGAAGACCAAGGUUUUGUUUGGCUUGUUCUUUGGUGGUGUGAUUUGGGUCGCCAGCCACGCCCACUUCAUCCUCCUCCGCCACGGCCGUGCCAUGCGCGGCGACGAGGCCCAGGAGCUCUGGGGCGCGGUGCGCGACUCCGGCGUGAGGCGUUUGGGCGGCCGGGAGGUCUGUGAUUUCCUCCACGUCCUGGGCGCUUGCAGGACCUUCCAGGAGCACCGCGAGGUGGCGGAGGAGGUGGCGCGGAGUUUGCUCGCUGCCGAAGAGUUCGUAUUGGAGCUCAAACUGUGGCCUCAGACACUGCCAAUGGUUUGCCAAUACUUGGCAUGGCAUUUGGAGGAUCGCAGACUCCUCACCGAGUUUCUCUCGCAGGUCUUGGCGCCAUUUUGGGAGCAGUAUCCCUCUGCGGUGCAAGGAUCCUUGCUGCCACACCAUGCCAUGGCGGUGGCCAGCGCUUGUGCACGGAGCUAUCAAUUGCCUUUGCACAUCUUGGAGACGGUUCGAGACGCCAUUUGUCGUUGGGCCCAAACGAACCUGUCGUGCUUGGGCCCUCGGGGCUUGGCGUCCAUGGCCCUGGCGCUCUCGCGCCUGGGGCCGGGCCUGGGCGGCGAAGAGGCCAACGCACGGCUGCUCACUCAGCUGCUCGGCCGAGCGCAAGAGCUCCUAGAUGAAAGCCAUGGAACGAAACCGUUCUUCCGCGCCGAUUGGCUGGGGAUGUUCCUGAGCGCCUUGGCGCGGGCGCGCUGUCGUACGGAGUUGAAGACCCUCGAAGAGCUCUUGAAGGUGCACUUCAAGAGGCAGAUCUUGGCAGGCGAAGCUCAGAACCUGUCGCUCUGCGCGCACGCGGUGCUGAAGCUGGACCUGCUGCAGGUGGCUGGCAUUGCACCACUGGAGUUGCUAGCACCUGAGGUCAAGGAGCUGCGAGCGUCCAUGCGUGGAAGUUCGGGAGCGAGGUCCCUUUGCUUGCUGGCCCAUGCGUAUGGCAGUGCCCUGGUGCUGUUGCCGCGAAGGUCGACCUCACACCUGGCACAGGUCUAUGAUGAUCUCCUGCAGGAGCUCCUGGAGAUCUCGCCGAAGAUGAAGCUGAACAACAUCAAAGUCCGCUUUCAAAUGCUGACGGCCUUGCAAUGCUGGUGGCUGAGCCGCUGCUUUCCGAGCGCAGGACGUUCCGCUGGAGAGCAGGACCCGCUGCCGUCCGCGCCGGACUUGGCGUCCUUGCGAAGGGUCCGCCACGCUUUGGAGUGUGUGGCUGAUGAGCUACCGGGACCAGAGGAGUCCAUCGGCGAGCAAGAUCUCAUCAGCACCAAUGACCACGCUGAGGAGUCGCUCUCGGAGUCUGGGGGCCAGCACACCUUGGCGCUGCACGUGCGGAUGUUGGACUGUUUGGGAAGCAACUUGCAAGUGGAGAUCUUGCAUUGCCGUUUCGAGAAUGCCAAAGGCCAAAGCUGCUGCUUAGUUGGCAUUCGAGAGUUUCAGGAUGUGGGCCAUGCCGCUCUGGCGCCCUUGCCCUUCGAGCUCUCGGACGUCGACGGCCGCACCGGCGUGCUCCUGUUCGACGCCGAAAGCAUGGAGAUCAUCGAUGUGACGAACUUCGAGCGCUUCACGGAUCAGAACUUGCAAGGCACGAGCCUCCAACAGCUGCAAGCAGGUCCAGGUGGCAGCCUCGACGAGAUCUUGCUAGCGAUCCAAGACGCGGUGAACGACGCCUACGAGAAGGGGAAGGAGAAGGUGGGGCCGAUUGACUUGGAGGAGCUGGAACUGUUCUCGACACAUCUACGUGGGACCUUGACCCUACAGCAUGACUUAAUGCUGAAAACCUUGGUCGGGACCUUGAGCUUGGAACCCAAGUCCAAGCUCACACAGCAAAACGUCGCCAAGCUGGAAAAGUUCGCCCAAAAGAAACGCGAGAGCAAGCGAAAGAGGUCGAGAGGUUCCAAAGGAUCGCAGGGAUCCAGGAGCUCCGGCGAUUCGCAGCUCUCGGGAUCCAUUUUGGCCUUGCGGAAGAAGAACUGCUCCUUGUGA